AAGUCUUCGUACCAUUGAUGUGGGUUCUUCCCUAAUACACUCGCUGAAGCCGACUGCCUGAAGGACGUUGAUUUCUGCAUGUUGUAGAACUGAAUCUCACUUCAAAACAUUCCGCUAUGGCGUUUUCUCUUCAAAAGUUCAUAGUUGCUAAACCAUCCAGGUAUUCCUCUUUCUCUCUCUUCUCAAUGUUUUCAUUAUUUUCAUUUCCUCAAUUUUCCACCGUUGAGUCUUCUUAUAGAUUUGAACAACAAAAUCAACAAAAUCUAUCUGUCAAUAAUAUCAUUCAAAGACCAAUUGAUUCCAGUAAUCUAAACGAAUCUAAAGUCCUUUCUGAACUCUUCAAUCUUUUACCAAUUCAUCAUUCAACUUUGAUCCCCAAGAAUCUAUUUUCUCCCAGUCCCGUAAAAACCCUGAUUGAAAACAAAACCCUAAUUAGGAUUUCCCCUGAUGAGUUUUUACCUCUGGAAGAUAAGUUACGAGGAGUUUUUCUCCAAAAACUUAAUGGAAAAGCUUUAAUUGAAAAUGCCUUGGAUAAUGCUUUAAGUGAUGCAGAUUUAAGUGCUGAUGUUGUUUCUAGGGUUUUAGAUCGGGGAAAUUUAGGGGGUGAUGCUAUGGUUUUGUUUUUUAAUUGGGCAGUGAAGAAGCCUAGUGUUGGUUUUACUUUAAUGGUGCAUCACGUGGUUCUUAAGGCUUUAGGAAGGAGGAAGUUUUUUGACUUUAUGAUGGCUAAGUUUAGGGAAAUGUAUAUUGAAGGGAUAAGUGCUAGUUGCGAGACGCUUGAAAUUGUGAUGGAUAGUUUUAUUAGAGCUCGGUGUGUAUCGAGGGCAGUGGAGUUGUUUAGAAAUUUGGAUAAAUUUGGGAUGAAAUGUGAUACUAAGAAUUUCAAUGUGCUAUUGAGGUGUUUGUGUAAACGAUCUCAUGUGGGCACCGCGAAUUCGCAGUUGAAUUUGAUGAGGGGAAAAUUGGUAUUUGAUUGUGUGACUUACAAUGUGGUCAUUAGUGGGUGGGCGAAGUUAGGCAGGCUUAGUGAAAUGGAGAAGUGCUUGAAAGAGAUGGUGGAAGAUGGGUUUUGUCCAGAUUGUAAGACAUAUAGUUGUCUUAUUGAAGGUUUGGGUAGAGCUGGUCAUGUCGAUGAUGCUGUUAAGAUAUUUGAAACCAUGAAAGGUGAAGGGUGUCAACCGGACGAAAGAGUUUAUAAUGCAAUGAUUGCUAAUUAUGUCUCGGUGGGUGAUUUUGAUGAAUGUAUGAGGUAUUAUGAAGAGAUGGCAAGAAGUAAUUGUUCACCAGACCAAGACACCUAUUCAAAAAUUAUCGGUGGCUUUCUUAAGGCUCGAAAAGUGGCUGAUGCCCUUGAAUUAUUUGAAAAGAUGUUGCAUCAAGGUGUUAUUCCUACCACUGGAAUGGUAACGUCUUUCAUUGAGCCCUUGUGUAGUUAUGGUCCACCUCAAGCUGCUAUGAUGAUUUAUAAAAGUGCUAGAAAACAGGGAUGUGUUAUAUCACUGACUGCUUAUAAGUUGUUGCUUAUGAGGCUUUCUCGGUUUGGUAAAUGUGGAAUACUUUUGAAGUUGUGGGAUGAGAUGCAAGAGAGUGGAUAUUCCUCUGAUAUGGAGGUUUAUGAGUAUGUUGUUAAUGGAUUGUGCAACAACGGACAACUUGAGACUGCUGUUUGUGUUCUAGAGGAGGCUCUGCAUAAGGGGUUUUGUCCAAGCAGGCUUAUGUACAGUAAACUGAACAACAAAUUGAUGGCCUUUGAUAAAGUAGAGACAGCGUAUAAACUCUUUCUGAAGGUAAAACAAGCUCGUGUUACUGAAAAUGCUAGGAAAUUCUGGUGUUCAAAUGGCUGGCACUUUUAGGCCUUCUAAUUGUAUAGUAUCUUUUCUUGGUGAAUUGGAGAUGUAAAAUUAAUAUGAAUAGAGAUGAUCAAAUCCGUUUCUCUUGCUAUGCAAACACUUUCUGGAUAAUAAUGUUGGAGGCCACGGAAGAAUUAGGGACUCAUGUGCUCAUGAUUGAACUCAAACCAAUUUAAUAUGAAUUGUACGUGCUCUAUUCAAUCUCGUACAGGUAAAAUGUGGGUGGGCCUUUAUUAUUCUGGUUUCCAACUUAUAAAUAUAAUAGAAGUACAAAGUUUUAUUUGCUGGGAGGAGAUAAAUGUAAAAUAAGAUGAUUCCUCCAAAUACAAUGAAUAGUCGUUUCUCCUUCA